AUGAAAGUUUUUGAUCCAGAAUUUUCUGUACCAGACUUCUGGACCAGUAGAGCCAAGCAUAGAUACCUUGGUAUUACUGCUUCUUUUAUUGCAACAGACUUUAGUGUAGUUGACAUCAUGUUAGAUAUUAAAUAUGUUUCUGCACCUCAUACUGCAGUUGUAAUUGCUGAUUCUCUUUAUGAAAGUAGAAUUGUAUCUAUAGUGACUGAUAAUGGUGCCAAUAUGAUUGCAUCCAUUCAAUUACUUAACCAAAAACCUGGUUGUUAUGCCAUCAAAUAUUUACCAUGUGUAUCACACACAUUACAAUUAGCAAUUAGAAAAGAAGAAAAAAAAGAUGGAAAUAAGCUUAGAAAAAUAAUGCUAUCAGAUGAGGAAUGGGAUUUAGUUGAUGAAUUAAUAACUUUAUUAAUACCUUUUGAGCAAGCCACAUGUGAAUUUUCAGGUGGUUCUUAUGUUACUUUAAAAAAAAUCUAUGAUUCAUUAAUCUAUUAUUGGAAUGGCCUAAUGACCUUGGAUUAUUAG